AUGGACAACGGCAAGGAGUUCUCAGUAUUCGUGAAAUGGGCUAGGGAGCAGUCUAUGAUGAUCAGCCCCUCAGUUCCAUAUGCACAUGAACAGAAUGGAAGCACCCGCAAUGUUAUGGACCAAGGCCUCCGGCAACAGGACUCCGAAAACGAGAAUCUAGGCAGCACGAUCGACCUCUGUCUCACUUCAUGGGAUAUCAGGGACCAAGUGGCGCACACCAGACCGGUCCAAUCACUCGCCGGCCUCUCCGACCACCUACCACUGGAAACAGAACUCAAUACCAGCCUCACACCCUCCACACCACCGAAACGCCGGAACUGGAAGAGGAUGGACCCCGAUAAGCUAAAGGACACACUCCACAGAAGUCUUACUCAAAUCCCCACCCCCCAGGCAACAAGGCCCUCAAUCGACACCGCAGUCUCCGCCCUUACAGACGCAGUCCAAGCCGCAGUGGAUGCCUCGACUCCCUGGCUACGGCCAACAGCCCUCUCACAACCGGGCUUCACCCCGGAGUGCCGCCAAAUCCAAAAGGAGGCCCGCCGGACACACCGCCAAAUAGUUCAGUACCAAGCCCGGUGGCGUGAACGCGCUCCAGACACACUAUGGUCUCAAUACUACAAGCUCAAACGCACCGCACGACGUCGAAUCCAACGUAUGCGAAACACUACGCAUCAGAAACGUAUCACGGAAGCAGGGGAGUCCGGAGAGAUAAAGCAGAUAUGGAAUCUCGCCAAAUGGGCACGGGAUCGGACACCUUUCCAGUCAUACACCCCCCCCUAUCCAGGGAUCCGACGGGCAGCUACUGUUCCGCCCCGAGGAAAAGGCCAAAGCCCUCUCCGACUCCUUCUUCCCACCCCCCCUGCAGCAGACCUCUCGGACACGCGCAGAUUCCGCUACCCAGAACCCGUCCAGCUCCCCGAAAUCACGGCCCAGGAAGUCAAGAGGGCUAUCCACCAGCCCGGAGGUUUCAAGGCCGCAGGACCAGACGGUAUCAUCAACGCAGUAUUACAGACAGCGUCUGACCUCCUCGCACCCCCACUGGCCAAUUUAUACAACACAUGUAUCGCUGCCGGCUACUGCCCAACGACCUUCCGAGAAGCGAGAACCAUCGCACUACGCAAGCCAGGCAAGGAUGACUACUCCAAACCAAAGUCAUACCGACCUAUCGCCCUCCUCAACACUAUGGGGAAGGUAAUGGAAGGUGUUAUCGCCCUCCGGCUGUCAUACUUAGUGGAAACAUACGGCCUGCUCCCCCGAAACCACUUCGGAGGCCGUAAGGGACAGGGAUGCGACACAGCACUACACGCAGUCACAGAGGAAAUCAGAGAGGCUUGGAAACAGGGCUUGACAGCUUCUACCCUACUACUCGAUAUUUCAGGCGCCUUCGACAACGUCUCCCAUCCCCGGCUGUUACACAAUCUGCGCAAACGACGGGUGCCACCGGUCAUCAUCAAAUGGGUGGAGUCCUUCCUCAGCGAUCGAUACACCACCCUCGAAAUGCCAGAAUACACACGCCCCAGGGAAGGGAUCGACACUGGUAUCCCGCAGGGAUCACCACUCUCCCCGAUCCUCUUCCUAUUCUAUAACGCAGAUAUGAUGGGACCAAAACAGCAUUCAAACAACUACGGAUACAUCGACGACACCACGAUGAUCGCAGUAGGCAACUCUCCCCAAGCCAACUGCAGAGCCCUCGCCCUCUCCUUCCGGGAAUGCGACACCUGGGCGAAGCAGCACGCGUCCGUAUUCGCCCCCGAGAAGUUCGCAUUGGUCCACUUCGAACCGCCAGAGCGACGACACGCAGACCCCGACACCACCACCCCACCCCCGCCAGUCGACCUCGGUAACGGACGAGUGGUCGAAGCCAGCGAAUCGGCGAAGUUACUCGGUGUUAUCAUCGACAGCCAACUGACCUUCGAUAAACACCUCGAUCAAGUCGAAAAGAAGUGCACCAAAUCACUCCAGGCGAUCUCCGCCCUCGGUCGAUCCAAAUGGGGCCUCAAUAUCCACGACAAACGACUGAUAUACAACACCUGCAUCGCCCCGAAGGCCCUAUACGGGUCCUCCGUGUGGGCAGCUCCCCCCGUAUCCACGGACGGAAGACCACCCACAGACGCCAAAUCACAAGGCUCACGGCGAUCCAAAGACGUGCCGCGCACGCCAAUGGCUUCUCGCCUAGAAGAGGACCGACUGAAGGCACUGACACGCCUUGCAACGUCACCGGCAUACCGGGCUAUCAGAGCCCGCCGCACUUACCACCGAAAACGAGCUCUCCACCCGGCAAUGGAAAUCGCAGAGGAAGACCUCCUGCUGGAAGGGGAAUACAAUCUGGACCAAAUGGAAAUCAGACACCCCUUUGCAGUCCCCCCUGAGGCGGCCUUCGUCCACUGGGUAAACUGCACAAUCAGCCCCCUCACUCCACGUAUCUACACCGAUGGCUCCGGACACCACGGCGAAGUAGGAGGAUCUGCUUACCACAAACCAGCCCAAGGACCCGCCAUUGAACGCAUGGCGUACUUUGGUACCGAACAUCACCACAAUGUCCACGCAGCCGAGAUCGGCGGCCUGAUCCUCGCAUUGCGAAUGGCAGAGGAUAACCCGCAGCUUCAGCAAGGCAUCGAUAUCUACUCUGACAACCAGAGUGCCCUCCAGGUCAUCCGUAACCCCCGGCAGAACAGCGGGCAGUACCUGAUCAAGGAAGUCGUCCGCCUGAUUGACCUCCGCCGUCAGAAGGGAUGGGCCACCCGCUUUUUCUGGAUCCCCGCCCACUGGGAGGAGGAGAUCGAAGGGAACACCCAAGCAGACGCCCUCGCCAAGAAGGCCACCGGCUGGCGAGCCGAGGAAAGGGACACACUCGGCACCCGCGCCGACUGGGCGAAUCCGCCAACCGGCGCACCCGGCAGGGAACUGCGCAGGGUUAUGCCCUUCCUGCAGAGAAGAGGCACUGAGAUCUUUACCGGUCUCACAGCCCCGGAGCGCUCCGCCCUUAUCCAGGCCCGAACCGGCCACAUCGGGCUCAACGCGGUGCUCUUCCGGUGGGGGAAGGUAGACUCUCCCACCUGCCCGGCAUGCCAAGAGCAUGACGAAACGGUCAAUCACGUUCUAUUCCUCUGCCCAGCACACUCAGGACAGAGGGACCAAAUCUGGGGUCCCCAACUGGCACCCCGCACUCUGGCCCACGCGCUGGGACCAGACCAUGCGAAAAAGACAGCGCGAUUUCUACUGGGCACAGGUAGACUACCAUAUCUGCUGCCCCCACCACCGAUUCUAGACGAAUCAGAUACUAACACAGGCAACUGA